AAGCUUAGCUCUCAAUGACAUUGGUAAAGCAUGCAGAGAGGCGAAACAGCUGUGUCACACACACACACACAGAGCGAGGCAUCUGACAGGCAGGCAGACGAGCCAAGGCUGCAGUCACACAGCGAGAGGGGGAGAGCGCAGCGGAGCAAACAAGCCAGACGCACGGGGAUAGUUAAAGAUCCCUGGCUGGACACGGCAGAGAAUCAGCACCAUGCCAAAAGCAGCAGCACGAAGCCAGAAGAUGUCUCCACCGCCAUCCUCCAGCAGAAACACCGGCCCAACCGCCUCAUUGUGGACGAGGCUAUCAACGACGACAACAGCAUUGUCUCACUCUCCCAGAUUAAAAUGGACGAGUUGCAGCUGUUCCGUGGGGACACGGUGUUGCUGAAGGGGAAGAAGCGAAGGGAGACAAUUUGCAUCGUCCUGUCCGAUGACACGUGCAGUGAGGAGAGGAUCCGGGUCAGCAGGGUGACCCGAAACAACCUACGAGUGCGACUGGGAGACGUUGUGAGCAUCCAGUCGUGUCCAGAUGUGAAGUAUGGAAAGCGGAUUCACGUCUUACCCAUUGAUGAUACGAUCGAGGGGCUAACUGGAAAUUUGUUUGAGGUGUAUCUGAAGCCCUACUUUCUGGAGGCCUAUCGACCUGUCCACAAAGGAGACAUCUUCCUGAUCCGGGGGGGUUUGCGGGCGGUGGAAUUCAAGGUGGUGGACACUGACCCUUCACCCCACUGCAUCGUGGCACCAGAUACUGUCCUACACUGCGAGGGUGAGCCCAUCAAACGAGAGGAUGAGGAGGAGAACCUCAAUGACGUUGGCUACGAUGACAUCGGAGGAUGUCGCAAACAACUGGCACAGAUCAAGGAGAUGGUGGAGUUGCCUCUCCGCCACCCAGCCCUCUUCAAGGCCAUCGGAGUCAAGCCUCCACGGGGAAUCCUGCUGUAUGGAUCACCAGGAACCGGGAAGACACUUGUGGCUCGAGCUGUAGCCAACGAAACUGGGGCUUUCUUCUUCCUUAUCAAUGGUCCGGAGAUCAUGAGUAAACUGGCCGGGGAGUCGGAGAGUAAUCUGAGGAAGGCCUUCGAGGAAGGAGAGAAGAACGCUCCAGCUAUCAUCUUCAUCGAUGAAUUGGAUGCCAUUGCCCCAAAGAGGGAGAAGACCCACGGGGAGGUGGAGCGCAGGAUAGUGUCCCAGCUCCUGACACUGAUGGACGGACUGAAGCAACGUACACACGUCAUAGUCAUGGCGGCCACCAACCGGCCAAACAGCAUUGAUCCGGCCCUACGGAGAUUCGGUCGCUUUGACCGGGAGAUCGACAUCGGGAUCCCAGACGCCAUCGGUAGGCUUGAGAUCCUGCAGAUUCACACCAAGAACAUGAAGCUGGCGGAUGAUGUGGAUCUGGAGAAGAUCGCACACGAUACCCACGGGCACGUGGGCGCAGACCUGGCGGCGCUCUGCUCCGAGGCAGCCCUACAGGCCAUCCGCAAGAAGAUGAACAUCAUCGACUUGGAGGACGAUACCAUCGAUGUCAACAUCCUAAACUCCAUGUCCGUGACCAUGGAUGACUUCCAGUGGGCUCUGGGGCAGAGCAACCCGUCGGCCCUUCGUGAAACGGUGGUAGAGGUUCCGACGGUCACCUGGGAAGACAUUGGAGGGCUGGAGGAGGUGAAGAGAGAGCUGCAGGAACUUGUGCAGUACCCAGUGGAAUACCCGGAGAAGUUCCUGAAGUUCGGCAUGACCCCGUCCCGUGGCGUUCUAUUCUACGGCCCACCCGGCUGCGGGAAGACCCUGUUGGCAAAGGCUAUUGCUUCCGAGUGCCAGGCAAACUUUAUCUCCAUCAAGGGACCAGAGCUGCUCACCAUGUGGUUCGGGGAGUCAGAGGCCAAUGUCCGUGAUGUCUUUGACAAGGCUCGGCAGGCGGCUCCUUGCAUCUUGUUCUUCGACGAGCUGGACUCCAUCGCCAAGUCCCGCGGAGGGAGUGCGGGGGACGGAGGGGGGGCCGCGGACAGGGUCAUCAACCAGAUCCUGACGGAAAUGGAUGGCAUGUCCAACAAGAAGAAUGUCUUCAUCAUCGGAGCAACAAACAGACCUGAUAUUAUUGAUCCAGCCAUCCUAAGACCGGGACGUCUGGACCAGCUGAUCUAUAUCCCACUGCCCGAUGAAAAGUCAAGGAUGGCCAUCUUGAAAGCCAACCUCAGAAAGUCUCCAAUUGCAAAGGGUGUUGACCUGGUCUACCUGGCCAAGAUAGCACAUGGCUUCUCGGGAGCUGACCUGACGGAGAUCUGCCAGAGGGCGUGCAAGCUGGCCAUCCGCGAGUCCAUCGAAGCGGAGCUCAAGAGGGAGCAGGAACACAGGAGCAAUCCCGACAUUGCCAUGGAGGAUGACUAUGACCCUGUCCCUGAGAUCCGCUCCAACCACUUCGAGGAGGCCAUGAGGUUCGGCCGCCGAUCGGUCAGUGACAACGACAUCAGGAAGUACGAGAUGUUUGCCCAGACACUGCAGCAAAGCCGGGGGUUCGGCAACUUCAGGUUUCCGUCCAACAGCCAGUCGGCUGGUCAGGGGGGCGAUGGAGGAAGCGGAGGGAACCUGUAUCGCGAGGAAGGAGAUGAUGACCUCUACAACUGAGGAACUGGUCAGAGGUCAAGGUCGCCGGCUAGGAUCUGGAGCAGACUGACCCCCCCCCAAACCCCAUCACCACGGCCACCAACACCAACAACGUAAAAGCCUGCAGGAAAGAUGCGCAUUAUCUGCGAUGGUCUGGACACCAAGUGUUGCUUCAUGUCGGGACCUCUGGCCAGAUGCCCACUGUCCACUGCCCACCGUCUGCCUUUGAUUAGGGGCCGGUGUGAGUUCACCAAUCAGCACUUUGUACAGCACUCACCCCAUGUCCUGUGUGUGCGUGUACGUGUGUGUGUGUGUGUGUGUGUGUGCAUGUGUAUGUGCAUGUGUGUGUGUGUGUGUGUAUGUGUGUGCUUGUGUGU